ACUUGGAGGUGAACAACUACCGUGAUCAUGGUGCGAAAACUCAAGCAUCACGAGCAGAAGCUCCUCCGAAAGACAGACUUCAUCACAUACAAAUCCGACAAUGGCCAUCGCGACAAGGCCGUCAUGCGACGUUAUAUGAUCCAGAAGCCCGAGGACUAUCACAAGUAUAACCGUCUUUGCGGCUCUCUACGCCAACUCGCCCAUCGCCUUUCCCUCCUCCCUCCCGAGAACGCAACACGCCGCAAGCACGAAGAACUUCUCCUCAAUAAGCUUUACGACAUGGGUGUCCUUUCCAGCGCCUCUAAGCUCUCCGCUGUCGAGAACAGUGUUACUGUUAGCGCAUUUGCGCGCCGUCGCUUGCCUGUGCUGAUGACAAGACUGCGCAUGGCUGAGACCGUGCAAGCGGCUACGAAGAUGAUUGAGCAGGGUCAUGUGCGCGUGGGUACAGAGACAGUUACGGAUCCUGCGUACUUGGUCACAAGAGGCAUGGAGGACUUUGUGACAUGGACUGUGGGCAGCAAGAUCAAGAGGAACAUCAUGAAGUACCGCGAUCAGCUGGACGAUUUCGAAUUGCUAUGA